UAUGUGAUCAUCACCAGUCACCACAAACGUUAGCAUAGCUGUCAGGUCUGUUGACUAGGCGAAGGGCUCUAGCUGGGUUGUGUUAUCCGGGAAGACAACGGAAGAAAAUAACCCAGAAACUCUUCAUCAUAGUCGGAGCGCAAUUGUUCGAAGUGCAUGAGGACCGUCCCCCUGGCACAGACAGACAGGUCACCGGACAGACAGACAGGUAGAGGGACAGACAGACAGACAGACGAGCAGCAUGUCUGGAACCUACGACGAGAGCUCCAGUCUGGAGGAGACCACCGACAGCUUCUGGGAGGUGGGCCAGUACAAGCGUACGGUGAAACGUAUCGAUGACGGCCACCGCCUCUGUAACGACCUGAUGAACUGCAUUCAGGAGCGGGCCAAGAUCGAGAAGGCCUACGCCCAGCAGCUGACCGACUGGUCCAAGAGAUGGAGGCAGCUGGUGGAUAAAGGCCCCCAAUACGGGACGGUGGAGCGCGCCUGGACGGCUGUGAUGACGGAGGCGGAGAAGGUAAGCGAGCUGCACCAGGAGGUGAAGAACAACCUGAUCAACGAGGACUUUGAGAAGGUCAGGAACUGGCAGAAGGACUCGUACCACAAGCAGAUGAUGGGGAGCUUCAAGGAGACCAAAGAGGCUGAGGAGGGCUUCAAGAAGGCCCAGAAACCCUGGGCCAAGAAGCUGAAGGAGCUGGAUGCUGCCAGGAAGUUGUACCACCUGGCGUGUAAGGAGGAGAAGCUGGCUUUGACCCGCGAGGCCAACAGCAAGGCAGAGCCCGCUGUGGCUGCAGAGCAGCAAAAGAAGCUGCACGAGAAGGUGGACAAGUGCAAACAGGACUCCCAGAAGGCCAAGGAGAAGUAUGAGAAGGUGGUGGAGGAGCUGGGGAAAUGCACCCCUCAGUACAUGGAGAACAUGGAGCAGGUGUUCGACACGUGUCAGCAGUUUGAAGAGAAGAGACUGAGCUUCCUGAGGGAGGUGUUACUGGAUGUCAAACGUCACCUCAACCUCACCGAGAACCAGAGCUAUGCCUCUGUGUACGGGGAUCUGGAGCACACCAUUGUGUCUGCCAGCGCUCAGGAGGACCUAAAGUGGUUCAGCAACACUCACGGACCUGGCAUGCAUAUGAACUGGCCCCAGUUUGAGGAGUAUAACCCAGAGCUGACCCACAUGAUCAGUAAGAGAGAGAAGGUAAAGAAGCCCAGCGAAGGCGUCAUGCUGACCAACAUGACAGCGGCCGUAGACCACGCCCCCGCCAGCGACCGGGGCAGUGUGAGCAGCUAUGAGAAGACCCAGGCCAACACCCCGGAGUGGUCUGAUGAGGACCACACCGCCCCCCAGCCCGCCCCCUCCUCCUCGGGCAGCGACACCAACGGAGGCUCCAACCCCUUUGAGGACGUCUCGGGGACGGGGGUCCGGGUCCGAGCCCUGUACGACUAUGACGGGCAGGAGCAGGACGAGCUCACCUUUAAAGCAGGCGAGGAGCUGACCAUGCUGGAGGGGGAGGAUGAGCAGGGCUGGUGUAAAGGUCGUCUGGACAGCGGGCAGCUGGGUCUGUACCCGGCCAAUUACGUGGAGGCGAUCUAGCCCGUUGCCACGGAGGACACUGCCCCUUUGGUGGGCUGACAGACUGAACCGACCAAUCCGACUGCACAUUGCUAGACUUGAGCAAUGCUACCCCGCUGCAAGGCCAAGCAGACUCCAUCUUCACUUCACUCAUCACCUCAUCACAACACAGGGUGGGAUGUAUCAGUUCCCGUGGUGACUAGGGACCACAGCCUUGUGUGUCUGUGACCCCAUGUGACCCCAGCUGAAGAGGGAAGACCUCCAUUUUAUUUGUGUAGUUGUGUUCUAUAUUUCGAUUAUUUGUGUAGCUGAAAUGCCAUUUGCGUUCUCACUAUGAUAUUGAUGUGGUAUAAUCUGUAGUGCCUGCAUAGCAAGAAUGAGCUAUGCAAUGUGCGUUGUAUAUAUUGAUUAUAUUAUUUUUGUUUUGA